AUGGUGUUAGUGGUAGUGGUGGUGGUAGUCGUGGUGAUUGUUGUUGUUGGUAUUGUUAGUCGUGGUGGUGGUAGUGAUGGUAGUAGUGGUGGUGGUAGUGGUGGUGAUGGAAGUGGUGGUGGUGGUAGUGGUGGUGGUAAUGGUGGUGAUAGUGGUGGUGGUAGUGGUGUUGAUUGUAGUGGUGGUGAUGGUAUUGGUGGCGGUGGUAGUGGCGGUGGUGGUAGUGGUGAUGGUAGUGAUGGUGGUGGUGGUAAUGGUGGUGAUGGUAGUGGUGGUGGUGGUGGUGAUUUUGGUGGUGGAGGUAGUGGUGGUGGUAUAGACUGUGGUGAUGACAAUGAUGAUGAUGAAGAUGGUGAUGGUGGUGAUGAUGACGAACAUGAUAAUGAGGACGGCUAUGAUGAUGGAAGUGGUGAUGACUAUGUUGGCAAGAUGCCCCUUCUUCUGCCGAAUAUCCUUGUACACGAUGACGACGUUGAUUGCAAUGGAGGGGGUGAUGCUGAUGAGGUCGAUCACCCGACCAUAUUCAUAUGUUGA